AUGAAUUCCGUGGAUGCUUCGGAGCAUUAUGAGUUGGGAGCUACCGACCUCUCCCCUUCCCUACUCACCAUCGUCAUCGACACAAACCCACACGCCUGGGCCCUCCUCGAAGACUCCCUCCCCCUCUCCAAAGCAAUCGCCAACAUCCUAGUCUUCCUCAACGCCCACCUAGCCUGCAACUACGCCAACGAAGUCGCCGUGGUCGCAUCACACACCCAAAAAGCAGCAUGGCUCUACCCAUCCCACAGCGCACCCCGAAACCGCUCCGAUCAUGACGGCGACGUCGCAAUGAACGGCGCAACCGACACCACAACCCCCGAAACAAACAAAUACCGCCCCUUCCGCCUCGUCGAAGAACAAGUCACCCGCAACCUCAAAGAACUAAUGGACUCAACCACCGGCGACGAUCUGCGUGGCAACAUGUCCACAAUGCUAGCGGGCGCAUUAACCCUCGCCCUGAGCCACACGAACCGACGCACACUCGCCUGGGCAGAAGAGCACGGCGGCGCGAAUACCGAAGACGCAGCGGCCGAUAACAGCGGGAACGGGAGCACGGCGACGAAUCGGUACUCAGCCUCGAAUGAGGACGAGCGUCUGCAGAGUCGCAUCUUGGUUGUUUCCGUGAGUGGGUCUACCGACGCUGCACACCAGUAUAUCCCUGUCAUGAACAGUAUCUUUGCCUGUCAGCGCUUGAGCAUUCCCAUCGAUGUGUGUAAGCUCAGCGGUGAUGCGGUCUUCUUGCAGCAGGCGUCUGAUGCUACCAAGGGUGUUUAUAUGGCUCUUUCCGAGCCACGCGGUCUGCUUCAGUAUCUGAUGAUGGCGUUUUUGCCUGAUCAGCGCUCGCGCCGACAUUUGGUUCUUCCAACGCGGGUGGAUGUCGAUUUCCGGGCUGCUUGCUUUUGUCAUCGCCGGGUGGUUGAUGUUGGCUUUGUGUGCUCUAUUUGCCUUAGUAUCUUCUGUGAGCCGCCACCUGGUAAUGACUGCAUGACUUGUGGCACGCAUCUGGAUAUCGGGGAUAAUGCCAAGCCUGCUUUGUUGCCAAGGAGAAAGAAGAAGAAGAAGCGUGUUAAUGGGGUAUCCGGGGCGGGGACGCCUAUGUCGACGCCUACGCCAGGUCCAUGA